GUGCAUGUCACUGUGGUUUGUUGAUUUGACUUUGACUUAUUUACCAGAUGGUAUUGUUUAUAAGAAUGAAGGUUUUUGCGUGUGAUUUACGUAAAUAAUGAUAUUGAACUUUAUCGUUUAUUAUUUAUCUAGAUGUGUGUUAUGACGUAUUUACAGUGACCGUUAAAUGCGUAUAAUUUAAGUGUAUUGUAGUCAGUAAUCGUCAGUUUUUGCGUCAGCUAAGUUCUUUGUUCUAUUCAUUCGUAAAAAUGGCUCUAAAAAUCGUAUUACUAGCGCUUACAUUAUUUUUAGUUCCUAUUUUAACGUAUAAGCCAGUUGUAUUAAUUCAUGGUGUUAUGACGGGAGCCGCUAGCAUGGAAAUGAUAAUUCGAAUAGAAGAGAAACAUCCAGGCACAAUAGUAUACAAUGUGAACCGGUUUGAAAGCUGGUCCAGUCUGGAAACCAUGUGGCACCAGGUGUUGGAGAUCGGUAUGGAUGUGGCGAACAUUUCCGCCAGCCAUCCUGAAGGAAUCAAUCUUAUAGGAUAUUCCCAAGGAGGAUUGAUAGCGCGGGGUAUAGUGGAGACAUUCCCUAAUGUGUCUGUUAGCACAUUUAUAUCUCUCAGCUCACCACAGGCCGGACAAUACGGAGCCGGCUUCUUGCACCUAGUAUUCCGUCUCGUCAAAGACACGGUUUACGAGCUGUUCUACUCGCGAGUGGGUCAGCACACGUCCGGUAACUACUGGAACGAUCCCUACCAUCAGACUCUGUAUGAGACUUAUAGUGUCUACCUACCGUACAUCAAUAAUCAUAUUACUUCGGCGAAAUCAGAUGACUUUAAGAAUAACUUCUUGAAACUGAAGAGGCUUGUGCUGAUCGGCGGCCCAGAUGAUAACGUUAUCACGCCAUGGCAGAGCAGUCAAUUCGGCUACUACGACGCCAACGAGACAGUCAUAGAGAUGAAAGGCCAGAACAUAUACCAGGAGGACCGCAUCGGGCUGCGCGCGCUCGACCUCAGCGGGCGGCUGCACCUCGUCACUGUGCCCGGCGUCAACCACUUCAGCUGGCACAUGAACGUUAGUGUCGUAGACGAUUAUUUGUUACCUUUCUUAGAUUAAGUUAGGAAAAAUAUAGCUCAAUAUUCUAAUGAAAUUGAUAGAACAUUGAAUACUGGAGUAAAUCAAUCAAAACCUGUAUCAAAGUUAAAGUGAGAAAGAAAAAGACAAACAUUGAAUAGUGAAGUAAAUUAAUUUAAAGCUUGCACUCAAAGUUGAGGAAGGAGUGGCCUUAAAAUUUAAAGAAAUAGACAAAUUUCAUGCCUUUUUUGAAUAUGCCAAACUAAUAAGUCAUACUUUUUUAUUUUUAAUGAAGGAAGAAUCAAUUGAUGAAAUGUAAGAAAAAUGGCGAUAUGUGAUUUCUAUGAACAUAGUAGUUAGUUUGUUGUAAUAGAAAAUAUUUGCUCAAUGAAGAGUAAAGACAAUUAAAUCUGUUCAAAAAUACAAAUAUGAAUCACUAAACAAAAUUAAUAGUGAACAAUUAAUUUUUAAUACCAUGCCAUUGUAAAUUAAUGCUGUUUGUAUCUCAUGUACAAGGUAGUACAAAAUAACCAAUUCCUAUACUUAACUUCUUGAUUUCUCAAUAGUAUAGGCCAGAAAAGUAUUAGUUUUUUUUUCACUUUUCUGGUCACUUAAGUAUGGGCAUAAAAUAAACUGAAUGCCAAGAUGCCAUUGAAUUUAAUAUUGAAAUAAUUAUUGAAAGCCAAAAUACCGUUCUUUGAACAAUUUAGUUUUAUACUUAGUUUAUAAACUUUAAAAUGGAAUUUCGCCAAUUAAAUCAAGUUAAGAAGAUCAUUGUUGUAAUAUGCAUGUGCAUAGCGGUAUCUCGCUUCUUCAAAAAGUUUAAGAUGAGCUCACAGUAAUGCACAUAACCUCACAAUUAUACCAAUGUGUUAACAAAAUAAACUUUGCAAUAGAAUCUGAUCCGGAUCAAACGACCGUCACUUCAUAUUUACUUCAAGACAAUGUAUUACAAUCAUGUGAUCUUUUUAAUGUUCAACGACAUACAGAGAAACGUAGAGACAUUCUGACUAUUUCCUAAUAAUAUUGUGCAACGAAUAACGUAUCUACAAUAUAUUGUGAUUAAUUAUUUAACUGGCCCUAUAAAAUUGUGUGAAAAUGUGAUUUAUUUCUAAACGAAUUUACUUUUUGUAUGUUUUUCAAGUGUUAGCUUUCUCAAAUAAUGAAUCUCGGUAUUUUUAUCCUUUUCUAUAUUAAAUCAUAACGGAAUUUAAUUCUCACUUUGUUUAAGAUUAUUUAAUUUUCUAGCGCAAUUGAAUCUUAUUUAUAAUUCGUAUGUGUUUAUAAUUAUUAUUAAAGAAUAAACUUGUG